GGGGUGGAUGGGGGGGCCUGAGGGGUGGUGGCGACCCCAGGGCCACCAUGGCCACCUGCAGGAACAUCGCUAUCUUCGGGGCUACCGGCAGGACCGGGCUGGCCACCCUGAGCCAGGCUCUGGAUGGCGGGUACACGGUGACGGUGCUGGUGCGGGACCCCGGGCGCCUGCCCCCCCAGGGCCCCCCCCCGGCCCGGGUGGUGGUGGGCGACGUCCUGGAGCCCGCCGACGUGGCCGAGGCCGUGCGGGGCCAGGACGCCGUCGUCAUCAUCCUCGGCACCCGCAACGACCUGGGCCCCACCACCGUCAUGUCCGAGGGCACCAAGAACAUCGUGGCCGCCAUGAAGGCCCACGGCGUCCGCAAGGUGGUGGCCUGCCUGUCUGCCUUCCUGCUGUGGGACCUCCAGAAGGUGCCACCCCGGCUGCUGCCGGUGACCGAGGACCACAUCCGCAUGCACCGGGUGCUGCAGGACUCGGGGCUGGACUGCGUGGCCGUGAUGCCACCGCACAUCGCUGACGACCAGCCGCUGACCGGGGACUACACGGUGUCCGUGGGUGCCACCGUCGGUGGCUCUCGUGUCAUCUCCAAGCACGACCUCGGCCACUUCUUGCUCCGCUGCCUCCACACCUCGGAGUACGACGGGAAGGGCGUCUACGUCUGCGGCCACUACCCCAAGGCCUAGGGGACGGCGGGGACGUGGUGGCCCCCCCCGGCCACCCCCCCGGUGACAAUAAAGGGUCGCUGGUUUGCUC